AUGAGUAUCUUCGACAGUGGUGUUGGUGACGAGAUGGGAUUUCCGCAACCUGCAUUAACAGGGGAUGGGCGAGUGGACAUACACGUUAGCGAGCAAGAUCCGGAGAUCGCCAGAUUGUUUACCCAGCUCAAAUGUACUACCCCGCCCAAGCAAAUUUCUCGCCGAUUCGCAGCGGAUGAUGUCCAAUUGCGUCUCAACAUUGUCAUCCAAGUUAUUGGAUCUCGUGGUGAUAUCCAGCCAUUCAUUGCGCUAGGGAAGCAGUUAAAGAGUGUUGGACAUCGUGUUAGAUUUGCCACUCAUCUCACUUUCAGAAAUGUCGUUCUCUCCGAGGGCCUCGAGUUCUUUAGUAUAGGUGGAAACCCGACAGAAUUAAUGGCAUUCAUGGUGAGGAACUCGGGAUUGAUCCCAAAACUCGAAUCUAUCAGAAGUGGGUCUAUUCAGAAGCGUCGACGCGAAAUGAGGCAAAUUAUUGACGGAUGUUGGCACUCCUGUUUUGAAACGGGCGAUGGGACGCAUCUUCAUCAUAUCAUGGAUGACCUCUUGGGUGAUGCGGUGGAUUAUCGGCGGCGAGCCUUCGUGGCGGAUGCGAUCAUCGCCAAUCCUCCUAGCCUGGCUCAUAUCCAUUGCGCACAACGGCUUGGAAUUCCACUGCAUCUAAUGUUCACGUGA